UAAAGCGAACGGCCCCGGCCGGACUCGGCUCUCGGUAACAGGUGGGGGGAGGGGCGAAUUAGAACCGACGCCAGUAUCAGCAGCCCGACCGAGUAUGACGGAGGUGGAGCCCCAGGGACCCGAGGAGGCCCUACAGCCUCAGGAGGCUGAGAAAGUAUCGCCAACCGACACGGUGCCCAACCGUAACCAAGUCGCCAAGAAAGUGCUGGCCACCCAGGUGCAGGGCACGGUGAAAUGGUUCAAUGUGCGGAACGGUUACGGCUUCAUAAACAGGAAUGACACCAAAGAAGAUGUCUUUGUCCAUCAGACGGCAAUAAAGAGGAACAACCCCCGGAAGUUUCUCCGCAGUGUUGGCGAUGGUGAGACGGUGGAGUUCGAUGUGGUGGAAGGAGAGAAGGGUGCUGAAGCCGCCAAUGUGACCGGCCCGGGCGGUGUUCCGGUGAAGGGCAGCAGAUUUGCCCCCAACAGACGCAGGUUUCGUAGGCGUCCUUUUCGGCCAAGAGCGGACGUGGCCGGGUCUGGUGGAGAAGGUGGGAACUCGGAGCCCCUGAGCGAGGGGGAGAGGGCGGAGGGCGCGUCCCCUCAGGAACAACCACCACGUAGACGCCCGCCUCCUUUCUUCUUCAGGCGUCGCUUUGCCAGAGGCUCCAGGCCGCCUUCUCAGCAGCAGGCCUCUGAGGAUGGAGAGAAUAAAGAUCCGGCGCCUUCAGAAGUUCGGCCUGGAGGAGAUGACCAGCAGAGGCCUCCCCCUCGCCGCUUCCGUCCCAGAUGGCGCAGACCCUUCCGCCCUCGCCCCCCACCGACGCAGACCUCUGAAGGAGGCGAUGGAGAUGGCGAUGCCAAACUCUCCAAUAAUGAAGCACCACGCCCGGAACCUCAACGUCAGAGGAAUCGCCCGUAUUUCCAGCGUCGCAGGCGAGGGGCCCCGGGGCAGGCUGCAUCCCAGGGUGAAGGGAAAGAUUCCGCAGAACCCAGCCAAAGCCCCUCAGAUGUUCCUAAACCAUCCGACGGCCCUGCAGAGCCUGGAGGGAGCCAGGCUAAUACCCUGAGGGCUCUCCCCAUUCCUACCAUGCUGUGGUCUCCAGACCCUGAGGGCUCUCCCCAUUCCUACCAUGCUGUGGUCUUCCAGACCCUGAGGGCUCUCCCCAUUCCUACCAUGCUGUGGUCUCCAGACCCUGAGGGCUCUCCCCAUUCCUACCAUGCUGUGGUCUCCAGACCCUGA